CGCGGAACGGCGACGGCGUGUUUUUCUGCGUGCUCCGCGGAUGGAUUCCGAAUAAAAUUCUAGUUUUUUUUUUGGUGUGAAGAAAAACGACCCGUGAAAAAGCGACCUCUAAACCAUGGGUCUCACCAAGCAGUAUCUGGCGUUCCAGCCGGUGGCCAGCUUCAACCUGAUUGCGAGUGGGCGCGCCAACGUUUCGUUCGUCACGGUUGGCGGCGUGGACGGGCGGUUCGUGGCGGUGGCCGCCGCCGAGAAGGUGCUGGUUUGGAAUACCAGACUUGGCGAGAAGGUGCUGGAGUUGACGCGGGACAAGCAGGAGGUUAGCUAUGUGAGGGCGAGUCCGGACGGGAAGCACCUGGCCGUGGGUUACACGGACGGGGUGAUUGAGGUGUUUGAGCUGGAGAGUCGCAAGUCGGUGUGUACGUUUGCCGCGCAUCGAUCGGCAAUUAGUGCGAUGAAUUACGACUUGAUUGGGAUGAAGUUGGUUUCUGGGGGUUUGGAUAAUGACGUGGUUGUGUCCGAUGUGGUGGCCCAGGCUGGCAAGUGUCGUCUGGUGGGACAUAAUGCGCCCAUUACGGAGGCUUGCUUUAUGCAGCGUUAUCACGAUGUGGUGAUUUCUUGCUCGAAGGACACCCAGAUCAAGUUCUGGAACAUUGAGACGCAGAGCUGCUUCAAGACGAUCGUGGAUCAUCGUACGGAGGUUUGGGGCGUUGUGUUGAUGCGCAACGAUGACUUUUUGGUGGCGGGAUCGAACGACUCCCAGCUGUCGGUGUACAAAAUUGUGGAGAAUAGUGGUCAGGAGGCGGUUGGAGAGUUGGAGUCGGAAUCGUCCAGCCCGUUUCGAUGCUCGCAAAUUGGAAACAUUCAGCGGUCCGGGUUUGGCAGGACCAUCAACCUGAUCGCGGAAGGUGGUGGCCAGAUUCUGGGUUGUCACGGAACGGAUCGUAAGAUUGAACUGUUUUACUUCUACAGUGUUGAUGAAGCGCUGGCUCGGCUGACGAAGCGUCUGAAGAAGUUGGACACAAAAGCGAAGAAUGAUCAAGCGGCGUCUUCGUCUUCAGCGGAUCGCCAACUUUCGCUGACCGAUGAAAUCAAACGCCUUCCAGCGAUCGCCGUUCCGGAGAAGAUUAAAUCGUUUGACCUGCUGCUGGGGAGUCGUGACGAGUUGCGCGUCUGCGUGACCUACGUCAAGAACAUCGUCCAGAUGUACACGUUGAACGUGGCGGAAAAGCACGCCGAACCGAAAGCCAUUCAUACGCUCCGUCAGCAGGGACAUCCGACGGAGGUGCGUGCCGUCGGGUUCAGUUCGGACAACCUGGCCGUCGCUUCGGGCAGCGGAGAAUCGCUCAAGUUGUGGAACCGCGCGACGCAGUCCUGUCUGCGAACCGUUGAGACCGGGUACGUGGUGAGUUGUUGCUUCGUUCCCGGCGAUCGGCACGUGCUCGUGGGUCUUAAAACGGGCCAGCUGCUCAUCGUGGACAUUGUCAUCGGGGAGGUCAUCGAGCGGAUAGAGGCGCACGCGAAGGAACUGUGGAGCAUCGUGCUGACGCCGGAUCAACGCGGUUGCGUCACCGGCGGCGGCGACACCACGGUCAAGUUCUGGAACUUUGAGCUGAUUGCCGACCCGAACCGGGAAGAGGGCAGCGAAGUGAAGGUCCUCUCGUUGCUGCACAAGAACGUGCUCAAACUGGAAGAAACGGUGCUGAGCGUGAGGCUUUCGCGCAACAGCAAGUACAUCGCCGUAGCGCUGCUCGACUCAACGGUCAAGAUCUUCUUCCUGGACACGCUCAAGUUCUACCUGUCGCUGUACGGCCACAAACUCCCAGUGCUUUGUAUGGACAUUUCGUACGACUCGACCAUCAUCGUGACCGGUUCCGCCGACCGCAGCAUCAAAAUCUGGGGCAUGGACUUUGGCGAUUGCCACCGAUCGCUGGUCGCGCACGACAACUCCGUCAUGGGACUGCAGUUCAUCCCAAAGACUCACCUAUUCUUCUCGUGCGGCAAGGACGGCCGCCUCAAGCAAUGGGACGCGGACAGUUUCGAGAAGAUCAUCACCCUGCCGGGACACGUUGGUGAGGCACACGGACUCGCAGUCAGUCCCAACGGGAAGUUUGUAGUGAGCUGCGGUUCCGAUCGAACGCUACGUCUCUUUGAACGAACCGACGAACCGCUGGUUCUGCAAGACGUCCAAGAGGAGGAGCGCGAAGAGUUGGAAAACAACACGCUAGCCACUGGAGAUGACUCCGCCGUGCCGGGACUCCCGGGACUAAAACUCCCCUCGAAGAAAACCAUCGGAUCGGAAAAGGCCGCCGAAAACAUCCUCGAAUGUCUCGAGGUCAGCAAGGCCUUCGAGCAAGAGGACAACAAGAGCAUCAUCCCACCGCUAAUGUUCGCGUACGAAGCCACCAACACCGACGACUUCCUACUGUCCGUCCUCACCCGCAUCCGCGCCAGCGACCUCGAGGAAGCCCUGCUCCUCCUGCCCUUCUCCAGCGUCUGCGAACUGCUCGAGCGAAUCCCAAAACUAACCCAAACCCGCCAAGAUCAAACCGAAAUCAUCUGCAAAGUCGUGCUCUUCCUGUUCCGCAUCCAUCAGAAGCCGAUCGUGGCCAACCAGACGCUGCUGCCUGUCAUUCAGGACCUCAUUGGCAAGCUACAGCGAGCCGUCCACGAGCUGCGCGACAUGAUCGGCGUGAACCACCACGGCAUGCAGAUGUUGCAGCGCGAAGCGGAAGCCAACCAGGGUGGGGUUGAUCUGUUCCGGGACGCGACCAAGAGCCGCCGGCUGAAGAAUCAACGCCGCAAGCGGAAGGAACUGGCCAAGCGGACGUUCGUGCAGAUUAGCACUUGAUAAGUUUGAAGAUUCAAUAAAGUAAUUUGGUUGAA